AUGCCACCAGCGAAACCGACAUCGGCCACUGCCUCCGGAUCUGGAGGCGUGGAGAAGAAUCCUAGGAGGACAGCAAAGAGCCGCAACGGCUGUCAAGUUUGCAAGGUCAAGAGACUAAAAUGCGAUGAAACACGGCCGGCAUGUGAGAACUGCACCAAGCGUGGUUAUGAGUGUCCUGGAUACAGGAAGGCUCUGAAGUGGUCGACAAAGUACGAAGUUUUACAACCUGACGAACCCGACAGCCAAAAGACAUUUCAUCCAUCAGUGGAAUAUCACUUCUCCUCCAUCGAUCCGGUAACCUUUGGCCAAGCUUCAUAUCUCACCGCCGAGGAGUUUACUGGCAAUGCCGACGAGUAUCGGGAGGUUUCUGAAGAGACAAUCUCGUACAUCUCGCCAUCUCAGCAUGUCGCAGGAUUGGAAGUACAAGGACCAUACAGUGCUUCGCCUCAGCAAUGGCCAGGCUAUCCUGAUGCAGGCCACCAGCAAGCUAUGGUCUCAUAUUCACCAAAUACACCAUCACAUCAGAUCGUUGGAAACAGAGGAGGUCACGAGAUCCAGACGAUACAACAGCAACAGAGUAAAAGUCCGGAAGAAAUGACCCAAUGGAAGUCCCUGCUUCGAGCCUAUUACCGCAUGGCCACUCCUGCCAUAACCCGAUCUCUCCAAAACGAUAGCACAGGUCUGGUAGAACACUAUUUCCGAGACGUGUGCGUCCUAUAUUCCUCCUUCGACUCAAAGCUCAAUCCGUUCCGUACUGUCAUCGGAAAGCUGUGGGACAGUUCGAACUCCAUCUUUUACGCGAUCCAGAGCAUGGCAGCUGCACACUUGGCCAACCACAAUCCAGGGAUGGAAGUUCAGGGAUUUGAGAUGCAACGAAAAGCUUACGAGUGUCUCCAGCAUGAGUUGCAGCUCGCACACGUUAAUCAGCAAGUUGACGACCGACUUCUGCUUACAGUGCUGCUUCUGGGAAUGAGCUCGCCAUGGCACGAAGCUGGUGAUCUUGGCAUGGCGCAUCUCAACGCCGCACGAGGACUCAUCUACCCCAGGCUCCUUAGAGAGAAGGGCGACCAGACAGAAGAAAUGGCACGGAACGACCAGUUCUUUGCAGAAGCGCUGAUCUAUUGGGAAAUGUGUGUUGCAUUUGUGCACAAAGAGCCCAUCAUGCCAGGCCGCGAGAAGCCCGACGACAAGACGAAUUACAACGAAGCCCGUACGAUAGGCACAAAAGUCAUGCCGCACCCAUGGACUGGCGUUGGACCCAGAGCACAAGUCCUCUUCGCCGAAGUCGGUCGACUCGUCAGGAACUUCCGUGCUAUAUCCUCGCCGCUUUCAUACGGAGCGACAAGCGAGCACGUCGAUCCUACAAAGAUCAUCACUGCAGCCAUGGAGUUUGAAGAAGAGUUGUUGGAGAUUCGCUGGCCAGCUGUUGACGACCUUGUGGAUGUGCAAGACAAUCUCACAGGCAAGCUGGACUUCAUCAUGGUUGCAGAGUCUACACGCUGUUCGGCUCUGCUGGAGAUCUAUCGAGUCUUCCCUAACAUUUUACACAACAGACUGCUGAAGAAUGCCGAUGUCACUGGCACAUCGAGCCAGUUCUUCUUCCCAUACUGCGGCAGCACGCUCCUCCACCACGACCCGCGCGAUCCGAUAACGUGGCUGACAUCACUGGCACGACACAUCUUGUUAGACUUGAUUGGCAGUGUUCCACCAACCUCAGGCACACGACCACUCCAGCUACUUAUCAUAUUGACAGCAGCUGCCGAGCUUCGACUAUCCGGACCUACGACGGCAUUUUCGCAUCGCACCUUGGGUGCGAGAAAUCUAGCCAUGACGAGAUUAGAAGAGCUCUCGGCGCGAUUGCCUUCGAAACCUGUGUUCAUGAUCCUCAAGCUUGUCAAGGAAGUUUGGCGGCGCUUUGACAUUGGCGAUGGUAGUGUCUUCUGGUUGGAUGUUAUGCAUGAGAAUGGCUGGCAGACUGUUAUCGGUUGA